CAAAUCUUGUAGGCAACAUGUUGAAAGCAACAGGAAACGAAGACUUAGUCCGUCCUUGAAAGUCUCCGGCUUGGUGCCAUGCAAAAUAUCAAAUGUAGACGAAAGGCAAGUCAAGCAAAGUCACCAGUUUACCCCGCACCACCAUCACGACCCGCCGUCACGAAUCGCGAAAACUAUGAUGACUGCGGAUCCACCCGCAUUUCCCGGGCGUUUUUUAAGGGACGUAUAUAGAUUCGGGGUAGCUGCAUGCCUCCAACUGCCGUGCGCCCCUCCAUUCCCCUGCCCUUUACCUCCUGUUCCCUCCCUUCCUUGCUGUAUUACUUAAAAACUUUUGUGCUGCUGUCGUACAUUCGUGGAACGAACCCCUUCACGUACCCGUACUGUACCUACUGUGUCUUAAAUCCCAUCCAACAUUUAUACCAUGCCUCUCCCCGCCGGCGUCUACCGCGCCGACCAUGUCGGCUCCUUCCUGCGGCCCAAGGAGAUCCUCUCGGCACGCGAGAAGCUGGACACCAAUGGCAUCUCUGCCGAGGAGCUGCGCAAGCUGGAGGAUGAGCACAUCGCAAGGGUGGCGCAGGCCCAGCUCGAUGCCGGCAUCCGGUCCGUGACGGACGGCGAGUUCCGCCGGGCCUUCUUCCACAUCGACUUCCUGCAGCACCUUGCGGGCGUCGAGCGGCAGGGCAGCCUGUCGUCGACCAACGUGACGACGCACGGCAUGAUGCCGCCCAAGGUGGUGGUCGUCGACAAGCUCGGGCACCCCAACGCCAUCCAGGUCGACGACUUCAACUUUGUCGAGUCGCAGAUCGCAAAGGCCCGGACGGCCGGCUCGGCCACGGGGGCGGCCACCUGCAAGGUGUGCAUCCCCUCGCCGACCAUGGUGCACUUCCGCGGCGGGCGCGAGUCCAUCAGCACCGAGGCCUACCCGGCGCUGGAGCCCUUCUUCGAGGAUCUCGUGCGCGUCUACCAGGAGGAGAUCGCCGACCUGUACGCGGCGGGCUGCCGGUUCGUGCAGCUGGACGACACCAACCUGGCCUACCUGUGCGACGAGGGGAUGCGCAAGGAGGCGGCGCAGCGCCACGGCGACCCGGAGAAGCUGACCAAGCAGUACGCGGCGCUGAUCAACGCCGCCAUCUCCAAGCGGCCCAAGGACAUGGUCGUCGGCAUCCACCUGUGCCGCGGCAACUACCGGUCGCAGUGGUUCGCCCAGGGCAGCUACGAGCCCGUCGCCGAGGUGCUGUUCAAGGAGCUCGACGUCGACGUCUACUUCCUCGAGUACGACGACGCCCGCUCCGGCGACUUCUCGCCCCUCCGCCACCUGCCCGAGAACAAGAUCGUCGUGCUCGGCGUCAUGUCGAGCAAGAAGGCCGAGCUCGACGACAAGGCCGACAUCAUCAGGCGCCUGAACGAGGCCGCAAAGUACUGCCCCCGCGGCCUCGACCAGCUGUGCCUGUCACAUCAGUGCGGCUUCAGCUCCACCGCCGAGGGCAACGACCUGACCGAGGAGGAGCAGUGGGCCAAGAUCCGCCUCGAGGUGGAGAUUGCCAAUGAGGUUUGGGGAUCCGAGGCGUAAAAAGAGUAGAAGGAAGGGAAUGUGUUCAUAAAUGGCGUUCGACUUGAGGAGAUUGCUUCAACAGCGGGAAAUCUGGGCGGGGGGAUGGUCGGGUCGGG